AUGACACAAUAUGAGUGUUUAACUAGCAACUCUUCUUUAGCCUCAGCAAUCUAUGCUCCCUUUUAUCCGGGUUUGGAAUUGACUCGAUAUCUUUGGGGCGGGUUUAACUCGUCUAUCAAAGACGCGAAAGCCUUAGAAUUUGUCGGGUGGCUAAGGGGAAAACCCGAGUGGUCUCGAUGGUUUGGUCGAGACCACUUCUUUGUAGCAGGAAGAAUCAGUUGGGAUUUCUUAAGGAAUGACAGUACUAGUGAAAAUAAUUGGGGUAACAAACUGUUGAAUUUGCCCGAAUCUAAGAACAUGACUGUCAUAACAAUCGAAUCAACCGGUGAUGGAGAAUACGAAUUUUCUGUCCCAUACCCGACAAAUUUCCAUCCUUUACACGAUAUUGAAUUGCUCGAGUUUCAGGAACAAGUCAGGAAAAUCUCGGAAAGGCCUUAUUUGUUCGCGUUUGCAGGAGCACCGCGUCCUAGGAUGAGGGAUUCAACACGAGGGGAGUUGAUCAGUCAGUGUAAAAACUCGAGUGAUCAUAAUCGUUGCAUUUUGAUUAACUGUCGACAUAAUAAGAGUUCGUGUAAAAGUCCAACUUAUAUCAGUGACAUGUUCAGACAGUCGAAAUUCUGUCUGCAGUCUUCAGGGGAUUCAUACACACGAAGAUCUACUUUUGAUUCGAUAUUAGCUGGUUGUAUUCCGGUAUUUUUUCAUCUGAGAUCGAUGUGCAAUCAGUAUUUAUGGCAUUUACCGAAGAAUUACACAAAAUACUCUGUUUUCAUACCUGAAAUUGGGAUUAAGAAUGGGACUAUUAGAGUUGAAGAGUUCCUGUCAAAGAUUUCAGAGGAAGUUGUGUUAGCGAUGAGAAAAGAGGUAAUAAAACUGAUACCGAAAAUUGUGUAUGCCCGAAAAAAAUUGGAGAAUGUCGAAGAUGCAUUCGAUGUUUCGGUCUCUAGGGUUCUGCAGAGGAUUGAGAAGGCUAAGAGACUGAUUCAAGAAGGAUAA